UUGUCCCAAAUAUAACAUCUUUCAAAACGUCCCCAUGCAAACUUCUUGUACAAAAAUGACUGAAUGAAAAAAAAAAAAAAAACAAAGCAAUCGAACGAAAAGAAGGGGAAAGGUAGGGAAUCGGAGGCAAAGCAUUAUGCAUUAUCGCAACAAUCAAUUGCACUUCUCGAUCGGAACGACUUUGGCGAUUGACAUGAAUCAAUAAAACUAACUUCCCAUUUGUGAAAUUUUCCCUUACAGGUAAUUGUCAUCUUCAACAAUUUCAUACGAUGAGUUAUCAUCUUAUUUCUCUCGUUGAAUGUCAUAGUGAAUAGUGAUCCAGAAUGAGUUUUUAUUCAUCUCUCGUAGGAAUUUCGCGGCAUUGUGUUCCUUCGCAUUGCCUCGCACUGCACAGAGGAUCAUCGAUCAGGCUUCACGCUGGAAGGCGCUGUGGUUGUGGAGAUGGAAGGCAAAGAGACGCAUGGAUCCGUCGGCGGUGCAAGCACAUCGUCCUCCUCUUCCGCCACUAAAAAACAAUCGAAAAGGCCCAAAUAUUCAAGAUUCUCGCAGCAAGAACUUCCGGCCUGCAAAUUCAUAGUAACGCCAACCGUGGUCAUUUCAACGUUUGUUGCAAUUGCAAUUGUGUUCAUCCCUCUUGGCCUUGCUUCCCUGUUUGCAUCAGACAAUGUGGUGGAGAUUGUGCAUAGGUACGACGAUCUGUGCCUUCCUGAGAGCUCCACGGCUGUACAACACAUACAGAGCAAAGACUCCAACAAAACUUGUGCUGCGAAAUUGGCUGUCUCCAAGGCAAUGAAGGGUCCAAUCUUCAUAUACUAUCAACUCGACAAUUUCUACCAGAACCACCGUCGGUAUGUAAAAAGUCGCAGUGACAAACAGUUGAAGUACAAAGCAGAUGCAGAUGACACAGACAGUUGCUCCCCUGAGGCCACCACCGACAAGGGCCCGAUCGUUCCUUGUGGCCUUGUUGCCUGGAGCCUGUUCAACGACACAUACAAAUUUGUAGUUCAGAAUAAGGUUGUAGAUGUCAACAAGAAGAACAUCGCUUGGGACAGCGACAGAAACCAUAAAUUCGGUUCUGAUGUGUACCCUCAGAAUUUCCAGAGUGGCGGUCUCAUUGGAGGUGCAAAGUUAGAGACAAGCAAACCACUGAGCGACCAAGAGGACUUGAUCGUGUGGAUGCGAACUGCAGCGCUGCCAACAUUCAGGAAACUGUAUGGAAGAAUCGAGGGCGACCUUCAAGUGAAUGAUAACAUCGAAGUCGUGGUGGAGAAUAACUACAACACAUACAGCUUUGGAGGGAAGAAGUGGCUGAUACUUUCGACGACGAGCUGGAUAGGUGGGAAGAAUGAGUUCAUUGGGAUUGCAUACUUGACCAUUGGUGGCUUGUGCUUGUUCUUGGCAAUCACCUUCAUUCUCAUCUAUGUGCUCAGACCCAGGCAGCUUGGAGAUCCAUCUUACUUGUCAUGGAAUAAGCAAUCUCCAAUGCCAUGAGUUGCUAAUUGGUAGAAGUAGGUGUAAAUUACUUAUUAUGUAUGUGAUGGGAGUAUAACUGUUUUUUGUACCCACUUUGUUCUAUAUGUCAGAGGAUAGGUUGCAAUUUAUAUCUUUUAACACAUCUGGUUAAUAAAAUUUUGCAGCUAUUAAUAUUAUUAUAUAUGCCUCCUAAAGUCUCCACUCUCCAAUGAAGAUAAAUAAAAUGACAUAUAUGUAAGUUAGUCCAAUAUUCAGGAACACAUUGGCUAAAAAACAAAAUAAGUGAGGAAUUUGUUAAUAAAUCUAUAAUAUUUAAUGACUACUAAAUGAUUAACCGAUAUCUUAAAACACAUUAAUUUGUGACUGGCACAUCCCAAUGAUAUUUUAGAAGGUCAUACCAACGAGUUAAACCAUUUGGUUGAACCUAAAAAAAGUUCCAUUUAUAUAGGUAAAUAAUAUGUGUGUUUGAGAAUUUUCACAUUUUGUUGUUUAAUUCAACAUAUCAUCCAAAUUAUGCGAUAUAAUAAUAAUAAUAAUAAAGGAAAUUUUGAAUGGAACAUAUAUAUAUAAAGAGAACCAAUAUUCCAACAGUAAGCAGAAGAUUGUAAAAUCCUAUCUGAUCCGAGGUUGUAUAAGAUAAUAGUGAUAUAAUAUUUUGUGAUUAAAUUGUAAUUUAAUCGUAGUUUAACCUUUUCAUAUUGAUGAAACCCUAUACAUGCUUAGCCUUCACUAGACCCUUCUUUCGGUUAGACCACCCGGUAUGAUACGAUUUAACAAACACAGAAAAAUUGCAUGUUAAAUAUUGGAAGGGGUAAGACAUCGCAAGGAAAUUAUAAGGCCAUAAUUCGGGACGAACAAAAUUAAUGGUGCAUGUUUAAUAUUUGAUGGGCUAAAACUUAAAUUUGCUAUAUUUACCCUAAAAUUAGCAUUUCCACCAAAAAAAAAAAAUAGCAUUUUGCCGUAUUAUAUUUUGUAUAUUGUAUAUAGUUCUAACUGAAUAUAUUAUUCAGAAUGGGAUUCCGACGAGCAGCCUCUUAAUUUCCUCAUCAGUGUUUUGGUAAACAUCGAUCCUUCUCAAUGGUGAUUCCUAAUGAAUGCUGCCGCCUGAAGAAUCAAAUUAAAUGCGCCUUUUGUUGUAAAGUGCAAGAACUACAUAAGAGAAGAGAAGAGACAUGUUUCUGAGAUAUAGUCUACUUAAUUAGUGGGUCUUGAUUAACCCUCCUGCGGAAUCGAUUGUGAAUUAUUAGUUUAACUCUAAUCUUCUCUUUUUCCCUCCACCGUAUGGGUUUAUGAAAAGAUAAUUAAGAAGGAUUCUGAUGCUUAGUUCUUUUUCCUCCCUUUACUUGGAUUCCUUGGAUAGAACAUGAAGAAGUAGAAGUUGAAGCAGCUGGGGGAUAAGAAAAAAUAUCUAUAAAUAUGUUUAUGCUCCUGUGAUAUAGAUUAUAAAAUAUGUGAAGUUAGCGAUCAUGCCCACGUGUUAGUGAUGUCAAUAGGGCAGGGAACGGGGAUGGGAACGUAAUAUUCAUACUCGUUUCACACAAAGCAUGGUACUCUUGUGGUUAUGAGACGCGGGACAAGUCGACCAAUUUCUUUAUGUGAUUAGAUGAAGGAAAAAUGCAAAAUAUUAACUCUUAUAUGAUAAAAUAAAGGAAAAGUACUUGCUAAAGAAAAAAAAUAUAAUAAUUUGAAUAAUUUGAGUCUAAUUAGUUGAAGACAGAAUUUUGCGCUUAUUCAAAGUUUCAUUGAAGUGAAAAUAUAAUUUUAAAUUACCGAAAAAUAUAAUUUUAAGAAAAUCAAGUGGAAAAAUACUAAUAGAUAUCUCAACAGAUCAAGAUAGAAUAUGGCGGGACUAGACUGGAUAGGGCGAAGAGCUUGUCAAUUUAGCUACUGAGUUUAUAUCAAACAAUCUAGUGCUUCUAACUCAAUAGCAACAUCACAAUUCACAUGGAAGUAGAGGCAAUAACCGGUUGAUUCAGUUCAAAAUCAUAUCGAAUUGAGAAAGGCCGAGACCAAAAGCAAAAAAUAAAAAAAUAAAUAGAAUCAGGCCAAAAGCAUGUAUGCAUGGUUCAUUUACUUCGAUUCGAUCAAUGUUGAAAUCCCAUUUCGUUUCACAUUUUUUCAUAGUUUCAUAUAAUCUAAACUAAAUCAAUUCAAUUUUAGGUCCAACACCGAUUCAGUACGAUUAGGUUGGAUGUCGACAGUUUACACCCGUACAUGGAGAAGCAUGAAAGAUAUUGGAUGGCUAAUUGGGCUAAAUAAAGUUAUACAUUGGCU